AUGAAGCUGGUGUUGAUUUUAGGAUUGAUAUGAGUGGUUCAGUGAGGAGUGAUUGAUGAUAUUACUGUGAAUUACGAAGGAGGGCUUCCGCCUAAUUAUCCAGGACAAACGGAAGUGAUGAAUCAUAUUUAUGUUGAGAAUACGAAUAACGAAAAUGAGUCUAAAAUGAUCUUUUCAUUGAUGAUUGACUUGGUAUCGGUUUGGACAGAUCCUCAACUUGCAUACUCUGACACAAUAUCUACCAAAUCUUCGAUCAACUUUAGUGAUGAUAUUUCUAAAGUUUGGAAACCUCAAAUACAAAUAACUAACAGUGUAAGAGACGAAGAUAUAAUGAGAGAAACAAUGACAGUUUUCAAAAAUGGCACCGUUAUUUAUGCAAAAAGAUAUAACUUAGAACUUCGUUGAGAUUUUGAUUUCUCCACUGAAACGAAAGAAUAUGACUGAAAAUACAUAUUCUACCCAUUAACCUACAGUCAAGCAUAUCUAAAGCUCUCUCUUAAAAACUACACUACGAAUGGAGAACUUAAGGAGGUCUCUGUGCGUAUUUAUGAUCAAUCGGAAGAUUUUAGUGGGAUCCAACUAAGAAUAUCUCCUGAUAAAAAGAUCAAUUACUACACAUAUACAAUAGUAGUUCCUUCUAUCUUAUUCACUUUAAUGAGUUAUCUCGGUUUUUGGAUUGACUCAAAAAGUGUCCCUGCUCGAGCUUAUCUAGGAUCUCUAGCAAUUUUGGUCAAUAUUAAUGCAUUAUUCCUCCUACCAGUAGUUUCCUCAGUAAACUGGAUGGGGAAUUUCCUUCUAGGUUGCUUGAUGUUUGGUGUGUUAACAAUGAUCGAGGUAAACUUCUCACCACUCUAAACCAUCUAGUACUGCAUCUUGAACUACAGCACAUGAACUGUAAACAAUCUCAACAUAAAAAUCGAGGAACUUAUUGCCUUAAUAUAAACAACGAAGAUCUUGAACCUGAACACGACAUCAAAGUCCUGGACCAGAUCAGGAAAUCUAAGAACAAGAAUCCUCAAGAAAAAGAUUUCGAACUAGAACCAUCAAAAUUUGAUGAUGCUAAUCAUGAUUUCUCCUUUGGAAAACAGGAACAGAAAAGUGAAGAGAAUAAAGAACCAAAAGAUGACUCAGACAAUGCAUCUCAUGAUAUCUCUCCCAGAAGGGACACAGGAAAUAAGCCGAUGAUAAAUAUUGGUAGGUUGACAAUAUCAAAGGAAUCUAAAAAUCCCUUGCCACCUAUUGAUGAGAUGAGUCUUGCUGCUGAAAAUAAUCCGGAAAUUCUUAAGAAAGUAUCAAUUCAGAAGGCUAAUUCUGAACAAAAAGUAACCAAAGGACUCAGAAAAGAGGAAGACUUCAAGACCCCAGUCAAGCCUCGUCCUAAGAACACUGUAAAUUUUGAUAUAAUUCCUGAGAGAGAAGGUGAAGGAGAAGGUGAAGGUGAGCUAGAGGCAGAAGGUGAAGGUGAGCAAUCUCUCAAUGAUAUUUCAAUGGGAAGAGCAUUAUCCCACACCAUCCAGAAAAAUAAAAUUAAUUCUGUGAGGCUUGAUAGAAGAGACACUGAUCGAAGUGAAAGUCCGGUAAAGCAGGAUUUCCUUCCCAUUUCUAAUACAAGCAUGAAAUUACAAAGCCCAAUUCAGUACUUGGAAGGUAGAGUAGAAGAAUCUAAAAACAAUAUGCAUGCAGAAGGUUCUACUGGGCAUAAACCCCCAAUAAUUGAAAAAUAGAAGGAAAAGUAUGAUUGGACAAAUGACCUUGCAGCCAGGAAAGCACAAAGACACUAUCGCCAUCCUCAAGAAGAUCACCAUGAGGGCAAGGAAAAAUCUGAACUCUCCCAACAAAUCCAAAGACAAAAUAACCAAAAACAAGGAUGCUGGUGGGAUUCACAAAUCGUUCCUCCGACUCAAGACUCAAAUAAAAUAAAAACAAUGGAGCUAUCAUCAAGAAGCUUAAGACAGAGACGAAGAAGAAAAUAGAAGAAAUUAUCAAAAUUGAGACCAGUACUUCUUACAGGCUUGCAAGCCACAUCAUGAACAGGUUGGAUAUUUUCUGUAGGUUCUGGUUCCCGAUAGUCUACAUGAUCUGGUUCAACAUCACAAUUUUCACAUAUGGGUACAAUUACAUCCUCUUCUCAAUACUCUCUGUGCUGAUAGUCUGUGUGAUUGGAGGAUAUUUCUUCAUGAAGAUUAAGGAUUUGAAGAAGAAGAGAGGUCUGACAACUUGACAAUCGAUAAAAUAUUACAUGAGAUGCAGAUGCUUGAGACUUGAUAAGACUUUGAAGUUGACUUAA